AUGAAGCGGGACGGGCUGCGUUGUAGGGUGUACUACUCGCUGCUCGUGAUCGCGUACUUCGAGGCCGUGCUCUGGACAUCCUGCCUGUUUGUCUGCGACGCGGCGGUGAUCUCGGGAGGCCUCGCGGCGGAGUCCCACGACUACAUCCUCCGAGAGACCGUUAACCUCAAGCUGGUGGAGAGGCAGGGGGACGGCCAGGGGACGGAGCUGCCCGCCGGCCGCGAGCAGGAGCUCAAGAGGGCGGAUCUGCGGUGGGGAUCGGAGUCGGUGUGCGCGCUGCUUAGGAAGGAGCGCCUGGAGCCCGUCACGCCCGUCGUGCUGCAGCAGGCGAUCGUCGGGCUCAGCAACCUGCCG